AAUCAAACAACUCCUCUAUCAAAAAGAUUAAUCUAAAGGCUCCUCACUCCUCAAUAUUGACCACCACAAAGAUAUCAUACUGUUUUCAUGCUAUCAUGGAAGGAGAAGGCAGCGAUGAUGACCACCACCGCCAUCAACACCGCCCUGAUUUCCUAUUCCGACUACUAGAGACAAAAGAAGAAGAUGGUCACCCUUGUUCCUCUUCUUCUUCCCAACCCAACACAAGUGGUUCCAUCUCUAAUCUCCAAAUUUCACUGGAACCUACCAAGAAACCAACCCCUAAACGUGCCUCCACCAAAGACCGACACACCAAGGUGGACGGUCGAGGUCGGAGGAUCCGCAUGCCGGCUCUUUGUGCAGCUAGGGUUUUUCAACUCACUCGUGAACUCGGCCACAAAACCGACGGCGAAACAAUCGAGUGGCUACUCCAACAAGCUGAACCAGCCGUGAUCGCAGCCACCGGCACCGGCACUAUCCCCGCAAAUUUCACUUCCCUUAAUAUAUCCCUCCGUAGCUCGGGCUCAACCAUGUCGGUUCCUUCUCAGUUUCGAUCCUCGGAUUUUAACUCCAACUCGUCUAUGCAACAACGUAGAAGUUUGUUCCCCGGUAUCGGACUGGAAAGCGGUAACUCGACUUCGUUCGAAAUAUCACAAACUGAAGAAGGAAGGAGACGAAGACAAGAGCAAGAUUUGUCUUCAUCACAACAACAAAAGGCUAAUUACUUGUUGCAGUCAAGCACGGGGGCGAUUCUGGCAAGCCACGGUCAGAUUCCGACUAACUUUUGGAUGGUAACUAAUUCUAAUAAUCAAGCUAUAGGUGGAGGUGGUGAUCCGAUAUGGACAUUUCCAUCGGUUAAUAACAGUGGUUUUUAUAGUUGUAGUAUGUCUAGUGGGUUGCAUUUCAUGAAUUUUCCUGGUCCGAUGACCUUAUUGCCAGGCCAAGUAACUAAUGGUGGUAAUGGUGAAGGUAGUAGCAUUAGUGGACAUUUGAAUAUGUUAACCGGAUUGAAUCCUUAUAAUUGGCAAGUCUCCGGAAGCGGCGAAUCGGCAUCUCGAGCGAGCGGGUCACAUUCACACCACGGCGACGACAGAGGUGGAGGUGAUGACACACAUGAUACAACAACAACUAGUCAUCACUCAUAGAGACGAUCAUCCUCUCUUGUUUUGAACAAUUGUGUUGGUUUGAUGUGUAACACACGUGAGGCUUAAUUGAUUUUUAAUUA